GGUGACGGCGGCGGCGCAGCGGCGUGCUUUGGCAGCACCGGCGACCAUCCCGUCCGUCAAUCAGUCAAUCAGUGUGUGCCUCUGGUGUGUGGUCAGUGUGUCAAGUCAGUCUACGAGCGCGCGUCACCGGGAGUAGAGUGCUUUUUUUGGUGGGUGUCCGCUCCGCGUAUAAUUUCAUUCGAGCGGGUCGAUCCGUGGGACCCAUAGAAACGAGUGCGAGAGACACGGAAGGAGAUCGCGAGGAGAAACAAGUGGGAGGGAGAAAGAGGGAGAAUAAUUGCGUGCCGAUCCGCAAUUUCGGGCACCGAGCGACGACGACGACGACAACGACGUCGACGACGACGACGACGACGAGGAUGGCGGACACCAAGGACGACUGCGCCGACAACGUGCAGUUCUUCGAGGGCGUCGAGAAGCUCCUCGAGAUCUGGUUCACCAGCUCCAAGGGCCUCAAGCAGCACCAGGGUGAUCUCCGACAGAUACCGCGACAAAAAUGGGAAUCAUUGUUGAAGAUGGUCCGUUGCGAGAUCAUCAGUUUCUGUCGCAGCGAUCAAGUAGACGCUUAUGUUCUCAGCGAGAGCAGCAUGUUCGUAUCCAAGCGCAGGCUCAUCUUGAAGACCUGUGGUACCACGACGCCUCUGCAGUGUCUGGAGCCUCUCCUGGAGUUCGUCGAGGAGUACACAGGCUUCGACGAUGUCGAGAAUGUUUUUUACUCCCGAAAGAAUUACAAGAAGCCGGAGCUCCAGAUAUCUCCGCAUCAGACGUUCGAGGAGGAAGUUGCUCUCUUGGAUUCCCUCUUCCCUGAUGGUGAGGCUUAUUGUAUGGGCUCACCCGAGACGGACUGUUGGUAUCUCUACACUCUUAUCCGCGAUAAGCCUCUGCAAGAUCCGCCAGAGCCCGAUCAGACCCUGGAGAUACUCAUGACCCAGCUGGAUCCUGAUGUAAUGUCAAUCUUUACUAGGGAUGUUUGCUCGUCUGCUGACGAGGCGACAGUAAAGUCUGGGAUCGAUAAGCUCAUUCCCAACAUGAUUAUAGACGACUUCUUGUUCGAGCCAUGCGGAUACUCUAUGAACGGCGUGUCUAAGAAUGGCAGCUACAUGACGAUCCACAUCACGCCGGAGCCCGAGUUCUCCUACGUGUCAUUCGAGUGCAACGUCUCGGAGACGUCGUACGACGAGAUAAUUCGUCGCGUGCUGAAUACCUUCAAGCCCGGGAAAUUCGUCGUGACCAUCUUCGCCAACAAGCAAUCCGCGGCGGCCAAUUGUCCGCGUGACCUCGAGGAGCGAUCCGACUAUCUAAACCGUUCUGGCGAUUGGUUGCGCACAGGCGUGCAAUAUUGUCGCUUCCCGAAUUACGAUUUGACUUGCGCCUUCUUCUCGCGCUUCCCGAGCUGAGGGUUCAAGGACGCUUCAUUCGUCCCGCAACCCGGGACCAAUGAAGCG